AUGAACGUCAUGAAUUCAGUGACUGACAAGAUUAGUGUAGAGAGGGGAUAUGGAUCUUUUCAAGGCAAUGAAGGUCCUUCAAUGGUGCAAAACAAGGGGCCUCCUUCCCUGGCCAUCAAGAAGGACCGCCACAUAAAGGUCAAUGGGAGAGACCGCCGUGUUCGUCUAUCACCAAUGUCUGCUGCUCGCAUCUUCCAACUCACCCGUGAGCUCGGCAAGAAGACAGAUGGUGAGACCAUCGAAUGGCUCCUACACAAGGCUGAGCCAGCCAUCAUUGCCGCCACUGGCACCGGCGUUAUGCCUUCCACCACCUGCAUGGCCAACACUGCCACCACCGCCACCACCUGCAUGGCCAAUACCACCGUCUCUGAGCCACCAGACCCAAUUCCUGAUGAGGAUGCCAACUUAGUCAGAGGUGCUGCCUCUCCAACUACAGAGGAGCAUAUUUCACUCUUCCCUUUCGACUUUGAUUCGGCGCAGUCUGAUUUAGGAUUUCUUGACAAUUAA